AGGAAGCAAAAGAAGGAUUAUGAAGAUAGGUUGAAGAUCGAGAAGGCAGAAGCAGAUGAGAGGAAGAAAAUGAGGGAGUUGGAGAGGGAGAUGGAAGGUAUUGAGGAAGAGGAUGAGGAGGGUGAAGAAGGAACAGGUGAGAAAAAUCCAUACUUACAGAUGGCUAUGCAGUUCAUGAAAUCAGGCGCACGUGUGAGAAGAGCAUCAAAUAAGAGGCUACCUGAGUAUCUGGAAAGGGGUGUGGAUGUGAAAUUUACUGAUGUUGCUGGGCUUGGGAAGAUUCGUCUUGAACUCGAGGAGAUCGUUAAGUUUUUUACUCAUGGAGAAAUGUACCGCAGGAGAGGUGUCAAGAUUCCAGGUGGUAUUCUUUUAUGUGGGCCUCCUGGGGUGGGUAAAACUCUACUGGCAAAAGCUGUAGCUGGCGAAGCAGGAGUGAAUUUUUUCUCUAUCUCUGCAUCUCAGUUUGUGGAAAUAUAUGUUGGUGUCGGUGCUUCUCGUGUCAGAGCAUUGUAUCAGGAAGCUAGAGAGAAUGCUCCAUCUGUUGUCUUCAUUGAUGAAUUAGAUGCUGUUGGAAGGGAGCGUGGGUUAAUAAAGGGUUCUGGAGGACAAGAAAGAGAUGCCACUCUUAAUCAGCUCCUUGUUUCUCUAGAUGGUUUUGAAGGAAGGGGAGAGGUCAUUACCAUCGCGUCCACAAACAGACCAGACAUUCUGGAUCCUGCGCUUGUGAGGCCUGGAAGGUUUGACCGCAAAAUAUUUAUCCCUAAACCUGGUCUUAUUGGACGGAUGGAAAUUCUUCAGGUCCAUGCUCGUAAGAAGCCAAUGGCUGAAGAUUUGGACUAUAUGGCAGUUGCUAGCAUGACAGAUGGCAUGGUUGGAGCAGAGCUUGCCAAUAUCGUUGAGAUAGCAGCAAUUAAUAUGAUGCGUGAUGGAAGAACAGAGUUAACAACAGAUGAUUUGCUUCAAGCUGCACAAAUAGAAGAAAGAGGAAUGUUAGAUAGAAAAGACAGAAGCUCCGAGACAUGGCGACAAGUAGCUAUAAAUGAAGCUGCUAUGGCUGUUGUAGCUGUGAACUUUCCUGAUAUGAAGAAUAUAGAAUUUCUUACAAUCAACCCUAGAGCUGGUAGAGAAUUGGGUUAUGUCCGCGUGAAGAUGGAUCAUAUCAAAUUUAAGGAAGGGAUGCUUAGCCGACAAUCCAUCUUGGAUCAUAUCACUGUUCAGUUAGCACCUCGAGCUGCAGAUGAACUAUGGUAUGGUGAGGAUCAGUUAAGCACGAUAUGGGCUGAAACAUCAGAUAACGCAAGGUCAGCUGCUCGAUCAUUGGUUCUCGGUGGUCUCUCUGAUAAGCAUCAUGGCUUGAAUAACUUCUGGGUAGCUGAUCGCAUUAACGAUAUUGAUACGGAGGCAUUGCGGAUAUUGAACAUGUGUUACGAGCGUGCUAAAGAGAUUCUUGGAAGGAACCGGACGCUCAUGGACGAGGUGGUAGGGAAACUGGUUCAAAAGAAAAGUCUUACGAAACAAGAAUUCUUCACUCUUGUUGAGCUCUAUGGCUCCAUCAAACCAAUGCCACCAAGCAUUCUUGAACUCAGGAAAAUCAAACGGCUUGAGCUUGAAGAAACAGUGAUGAAACUAGACAUGACUACCGCGAGAAACAGUUCAUAAGAUGAAAGAGAGAGACACAGUUUGUGUCAAACAACAAACAUCAUUAUCAAAACCAAUUAAAGAGGCAAUGAGCUUUGAUCUUUUAUUUUACAUUUCCUCUGUAAUCUUAGUGUAUGGUUAGAUAAUUCUUUGAGCUUCAAUAAAUAAUUCCCAUUCCCCCCA